AUGGCCUCUGAGGUGCGCCGUGCCGGCAUCGUGGUUUGGACUCAUGCAGGCAUUUACAUGGCUUGGAUUGCAUGGGAUGCUGCAGACCUGACAAUCCUGGACGCCUACCGCCAGGAGCUCACGGAGCUGGGUGUGGGCAGCUGUGGUGACGACAUGACAUGCAUCCUCCAGCUCCUGAAGGGCCAGAAGGCCGUAGAAAGGGCCAACGUUCAGGAAGUACAUCUCGUCCAUGUCCAUGCGGGCUUGGUUGCAGGACCAGACCCUAUGGUCCAGGCCGACCAACCGUCGUGUGUGAACCUCCAGCCCCAGCUGGCCAGUGUGACCUUUGCCACCAACAACCCGACCCUCACCACGGUGGCCUUGGAAAAGCCUCUCUGCGUGUUUGACAGCUCAGCGGCGCUCGAUGGCGCUUUUGAGGUGUACCUCUAUGUCCUGGUCGACUCAGCCAGCUCCAGGAACGCCUCCGUGCAGGAUGCCAAGACCCCGCUGAGCUCCACCUUCCAGCAGACAGAGGGGGGAAGGACAGGCCCCUAUAAGGCAGCGGCCUUUGACCUGAUCCCCUGUGGUGACCUGCCCAGCUUGGAUGCCAUCGGGGAUGUGGCCCGGGCCUCGGAAAUCCUGGACGCCUACCUCGUCAAGGUGGGCGCCAACGGCACCUGCCUUUCAGACCCCAACUUCCACGGCCUCUGCAACCCGCCCCUGUCGGCGGCCACGGAGUACAGGUGGGUGUGGGCAGCUGUGGGCUUCUUCUCACAGCUUCUGCCUCCUGCCUUCCUGGCUUUGGAACCCGCUGGUGGACCCGUGCUGGUCUCAGCAUCCGUACCCCCAGAGGAAGAGCUGGUGGUCUCAGUGGACCCCAUCAGCCACUGCUGA